UACCGUGAGAAUUCGCGAGAAUGUUGUAUCCAGGGUUCCAAGAGAAAUAAAGACGGCUCUGGCUAACAGAUAUGAUAAUCUGCCUUAUGAUAACGUGAUUAUAAAAACCGACGCGCUUUAAUUCAGUCAGUCAUGUAUUCAACUGACUAAUUAGUGAGGUGUUAAUAUAGAGGAUAUUGUCAUAGACUUUUUUUUCAUAAAUACAAUACGAAAUUUUUCGUCUCUUCAAGAACAAAUAAGUGGCAGGCGAUGAAGGGAAAAUACCUAAUCGCCAUCGCCUUCCUGGCAUCUUCCUGGACCGUGAGCACCGCGAGUAAAUUACCAUUUCUCUUCGAAUUGCAAAACGUAUGUCCGGCAGUGGACCCUUGUCCGCCGGUAUUAAUAUCUCACGAAGAGGAUUGUAGUAAAUAUUACGAGUGCAAAUUGGGUCAGAAGCAAUUGCGCUCUUGCGCGAAUGGUCUGUACUUCAGUCUACUUUGGCGUGGCUGCGUCAAUCGGCAGAGUUCGGAUUGUCCAGUUGUCGACCCUCCUCCAAUCCCGACCGCGAACCCUGGUGACCAAUGUCCGGCGGUGGAUACUUGCCCACCAAAAUUAAUAUCCCACGAGAAUGAUUGUGCCAAAUAUUACGAAUGCAAAUUCGGUCAGAAUAAGUCCUGGCACGGCUGCGUCGCUCUCGAUAUCUCGGAUUGUGUCACUACAUCCCCGACAACCCCGACAACCCCAACAACCCCGACCACCCCCCCGAUAAAUAAAAAAUGCACGGAAGGCGAAAUACUGGGGCACGAAUGCGUAUGUACUAAAUACUACGUAUGCAAAAAUGGUUUCAAAGCUUUGCGCGACUGUCCGGCCGGUUAUCACUUUGAUAGGGGAACGUUGUCUUGCCAACCGGGUGAGUGUCCAACGUCCACGACCACGACCACCACGACCACGACCACGACCACGACCACGACCUCGACCACGACCAAAAUUCCUGUCGACUGUAUAAACGAAGGUGAACUACUACCGCACGAAUGUGUCUGCACUAAAUAUUACGAAUGCAAACAUGGUCACAAAGCUCUGCGCGACUGUGAGGCUGGUAAACAUUUCGAUCCCUCGUCGAAGACUUGCGUCCCGGGUACGAACUGCGGCGACUGUGUGAACGGCGACGCGAAGAAUCAUGACUGUGACUGCGACAAGUAUUAUAAAUGUUACGAAGAGGAAUGGUAUAUGGAGAAUUGCGGUACAGGUCUACAUUUCAACAAUGUAACGAAAACAUGUAUGGAUCCAAAUAAUGCUGGCUGCGAUGGAAGUACUACACCUAAACCUCCCGUAUGCGUAAACGACGGCGAUCUAGUGCCGCACGAAUGUGUAUGUACUAAAUAUUACCUAUGCCAAGGUGGCUUCAAGGCUCUACGUGACUGUCCGACCGGUCAUCACUUUAGUAAGGUAACGUUAACGUGCCAACCGGGUGCUUGUCCGGGAACGGUUGCUGAAAUUCUAGUCCCUUAAAAUUGCAUCGCGACUGCGAUUACGGAUUAUAUUUCCAGUGCGAAAGUGGAAAGAAAAAGAUAUAUAUGACUGUAGUUGGAGACCCUAUAAUGCUAAUCUGAAAUGCGACGUCGCGGUAAAAGUAUUGUAAAAGACUGUAAAUAAUAACUGGGACAACUGGCUGUAGAUAACCAUUGAUUUCCAUGAAAGAAUAAAAAAGCUGAGAAUAGAAACGAGGGACAAAUUGCAUACUUGCUAAAACUAUGCUGCUGUAUUUGUAGGAGUAGAUAAUUUUUGUUAAGGUAUUUUAAUAAAUCUAGUGACCUAAGAUUGUUGAAACUUUCUUUCGUUUUCGAUCCCAUAAUAGCGUAUGUAUUUCUCUCUCUCUCUCUCUCUCACACACAUACACACACAUACACACACACGCGCGCGCACAAUACAUGAUAUGUUGCUUACAAUUCGAAUAAAGGACUUGCGGAGGUGAAAAGAGAAGAGGGAGUCUCUCACUUUUUCUUAUAAUAAUUUAUAGCAAAGUUAGUAAAGAUGCGAAUAAUUUUCUACAUAAUAAUUUCAACAGCGAGUUACGAGUUGUGUUAUCACUAGAGAUUAAA